AUGGUCUGGGAUCACCUCUCGGUCACAGGUCCACAUCUGAUUUACCUCAUUCUGGGAGGCUUCACCACCAUUUUCAUGCUAUGCUCCUCCGUCAUCAAGGAGCGCAUGUACAUUGGCGAGGCCACAGUUGCUACGCUAUGCGGCAUCAUCUUUGGGCCUCACGUCGCCAAUGUCAUAAAUCCUACGAAAGACUGGGAUAGCGUCGAUAUCAUCACCAUCGAGUUUUCUCGAAUCGUUCUGGUAGUGCAAUGUUUCGCUGUGGGCGUCGAGUUGCCCAAGUUCUACAUGGAAAAACACUGGAAAUCCGUCACCCUACUGCUUAUCCCGGUCAUGCUCUUCGGCUGGCUCAUCACGAGUGUGUUUAUCAUGUGGUUGGUUCCACCAUUGAACUGGAUCGAAAGCCUGGUGGUGGCCGCCUGUGUCACGGCUACUGAUCCAGUUCUGGCCUCGUCUGUUGUCGGCAAGGGCAAGUUCGCCAAGAGGGUGCCGAAGCAUUUGAGAGAUCUCCUCUCGGCAGAGUCUGGCUGCAACGACGGCAUGGCUUUCCCAUUUGUCUACCUGGCAUUAUAUCUGAUUCACGACAAGCUGAACGCCAAGGUGGCUCUCAAGCACUGGUUCCUGUACACCGUCUUGUAUGAGUGCAUCUUUGGUGCGAUUUACGGUUUCAUCAUCGGAUAUAUGGCCCGCCACGGCAUCAAGUACGCAGAAAAGCACGAUCUGAUCGACAGGGAGAGCUUCUUGGUAUUUUACUUCGUUUUGGCGCUGUUCGCUGCUGGCUCUGGCAGUAUCCUGGGUCUCGACGAUUUGCUGGUUGGCUUUGCAGCAGGUGUGGGCUUCUCAAACGAUGGUUGGUUUACGCAAAAGACCGAGGACUCUCACGUCUCCAACGUUAUCGAUUUGCUGAUCAACUUGACCUACUUCAUCUACUUCGGAACCAUCAUUCCCUGGAAAGAUUUCAACGAUCACGCCAUUGGACUCUACGCCUGGAGGCUGGUAGUGCUCGCCGUAUUCGUCAUUCUGUUCCGACGAAUCCCUAUCAUGAUGGCUCUCAAACCUAUUAUUCCCGACCUCAAAACGUGGCGUGAAGCGCUUUUUGCAGGCCACUUUGGCCCCAUUGGUGUGGGUGCUGUUUUUGUGGCCAUGCUGGCUCGGGCAGAGCUUGAAUCGGAAAGUCCAGUCCCGUUAACCAAGCUUCCCGAUCCUGGAUCGCCUCAUUACGAUUUGAUCAGAGUUGUCUGGCCCAUUGUUGCAUUCCUUGUUGUUGCCUCCAUCAUUGUGCACGGCUCUUCGAUUGCCGUGUUUACUCUGGGCAAGCAUAUCAACACGCUCAGCAUCACCAUGUCUUACACACAGGCCAACGAGGAUGGGCCUACCUGGAUGUCGCGGUUACCUCGCAUCACAUCAACGUCGCGCUCUCAAGCCAGAACUAUGUCUGAUACAGAUGGCGAAGAGCUCAAGAUGCCGGAUUACCCUCCAGGAACGUUGCCACCUAUCGGCUAUCCAAAUAACUUCUUGCGUCGUGUACGGGAAGACGAAAACAACGAGAAGCAGAGCGGCAGUCGUCAGAACAGUAGACCGUCGUCCAGGUCUGCGAAACGGAGGAAAAAGAUGUGGGAUGAUGGAAUUGGCCCAGGAGGACCUAUCAGUCAAUCAGCCAUCUUCCCUCAACGCCGCACCCCGAGUGAAGGACAAACACCCCUCCCGCCUGUAACCCAAAGCCCUGCCCAACCUCAUGACGCACAACAGGACUCUAUGCAGAUCACGCCCGUGGACGAGCGUGCGGCGAGAUCCCCCACCCCGCAUGAACGACAUCAUCAGGCUUCUGGCGACUCUACCCGUGCUGGCUCGCCUAACAUGGGCACUCCCGGAGACGAGCACCGCAAUCCUAUCGAAGUGUACAACGAAGGUGACAAUAUCAUCAUUGAGAACGCUGACGGCGACGUCCUGGCGGUGCAUCCAUCGCAGAGCGGUAACAACGUUGCGGAACAUGCCAAGGACCUGAAGUCAAAGUUGGAAUCCGAGGCCGGACCUUCGGGAUGGAGCUACAAUGCCCUGAAGCACCGGGUGGCCAACUGGCGAGAGGAAGAACUCGCCAAGAGAAAGGAGAAGGAAAAAACAGCUCGGAAGGGCGAGCCGGCCCGUGCUUUCCAAUAUGGUACAACUAUUAUUGUUGAAAACGAAGACGGCGAGGUCGUCAAGAAGUAUGACCUAUCCACGCCAAAGUCUCAAGGCGAUCAAGGCAAGGCAAGCCCUUCGGGAGAAGGAACACAGGGUCACUCACAGAGGCCCAAUCUCAGCAGGUGGGCUAGUGCUGCGUUUGGACGAUCGCAGGCUGGCGAGGCAUCUGCGAAGAAGAAGACUCCGGAAGAAGAGGAAGAUGAAAAGGACGACAAGCAUAUCCGGUUCACUGUUGGUGGAGUCGGUCGCCGCAUGACGAAGGAGGAUUUCCUCGUGGAGAUGCAGAAGCUGGACAAAAACACACGCCGCGAUGUUGUUGACAAGUCGUCGGCGUCGCAGGAACUUAAGACAGUUGCUAAGCGCGAUACCCAGCCACAGAUCAAGGUCUCGGCUCCGGGUCAGUCAGGGGCGAGCAGGAAGAACUCGGCGUCUCCUGCGGCGGGGGCCAGCUCAAAGCCGCAGGCGACUUCCCCUGGGCCAGAGCGGUCGAGCGGAUCUAGCGGUGGAUCAAGACCAUCGAGCAAGGAAGCUUCCGAGACGGAGGUGGAAAAGAAGAGGAGAUUGGAAGCUUUGCGUGGUGUUCCUAGCGGCAGUCGGGCGGGUGAGGAGGUGGCUGAGACGGCAGCGGAGCGGAGGAGACGAGAGGCGGCUCUGGGAAUGUCUCGUGAACCGGAGGAGAGCGACAGCGAGGAUGAUGAUACCCCUAGAGUGCCUCCACCGAAACCUCGCAUCCGAUUCGCAGAAGAGACUGUGAACCGGUAG